GAGAAAAAUAAAUCUCGAAAGGUUAGACCGGUCUUGCAAAAUAUUUUUUAAAAAUAGUUGUUUCAUAAACCAAUCUUUUUAGGAAUAUUUUCUUAUUUUAGCAGUAUAUUAAUCGAAAUACAAUCAAUACAUGUGUGCGAUUUGAAAAGGAUUGACUACGUCAAAGCUGAGAUAAUUGAAGUCAAAGUUAGUACUGUUUAUAGGCACAAAGAUGGUUUCAAAUAUUACGUUAUCAAUUCUAACAAAUUAUUUUAAUAAGGUUUUAAUGAGAAAAAAGAAGAUAAUAAAUGAGCUAAAAUAUUAUAAAUAAUAUUAUAAAUUAUUAAAAAUAUAUCAUGAAUAAUUAUAUCUACAAAAAUAUUAUAAAAAGUUACAAGGUCGUUGACCGUCUAAUUUUUAAGAAAUGUAGAUGUAAAGUACACAAUUUAUGGUAACAAUUAAAGUAUACGAUGGCUAUUCUGUAAUAAUUUUGUAAUACUUUAUAUAUUAUAUUUCCUUCAGUAUCGCUCUUGGGUAAGUAUCUCCUCAAAAACAUGAUAGUUCAAUAAUCUUAAAGAUCUAUAAUCAAUAUAUAAAAAUACGUAAAUAUAGUAAGUAAAUAUAGUAAGAUAUGAAAAGAUCCAAUGUCACACAGUUAUUCUUCUAAUAGCGUGUAUCAGUGUGUGUCUAUAGAUACGUAUGGUAUGUUACAAACAUAUAUCUAACACGGACAGUCCCAGCCAAAAGUAUUAUGUCCAAGCGCGAGAAAAACGAGUGUUAUUUCUUCGCAGGUCUUUAGACAUUACGCAAGUUUGAUUGAUAGUCUCUCGUUGUAGUAUCAAAACAGUACACAUCAUAAGUCGUAUUUAUAAAUAGCACAAUGUUUCUUCGUGUUAAACAUUAUAUAAAACUUUGUUAAACAUAUAACUUCGUGUUAAACAUUUUAUAAACAUUAUACAACGUUAUACUAACGUUAUACAACGUUAUACAACGUUAAACAUUAUAUAACUUUCUAUAAAUAUCGUCGGGAAAAGAUUAUCUUAAUUGCGGUUCGUUAUUUCGCUUGAGGUAUACAGGUAAUUAUACGAUAUGCGUAAACAGCAAGCGAUUAGAUGCGGCGAUUACACAGGCUGCCCGAAAGCGGACUUGCCUCUAGAGCACCUUGAAGUCAAGGUGACUGCAAUAAAGGCCUUCCUCGGCUCUGCCACGGAUCAAUAGUAUAGGAAUAACAGUUACUAGAAUACUUCACGGUAGACUGCAUUCGCCGAGUGCCGACCGCGCGUCACUGAGCGUCGAUUUAAACAUCACGAUGCAGAGGUCAUUGAACGUGUGCGUCUGAUCGCUCUCUGUAUACCGCAUACUCGUGCAUCAUUACACGAACGGGUUUUGCACAUGUAGGAGUCUCCUACCGCGCGUGUCAAAAGCCAUUAGGAAUCUUCAGCCGUGGACUAAAUGCGAUCGUUAACUUCGUUAAUCCCCAGCACACCAGGCUGUGUGGUAACUGCCGGGCAAAUGGGAGAGUUUCGUUCCAUUAAAAAAUAAAUAAAUAAAAAUUAAUUUCUUCUUUGUUCCUUGGAAGGCCUCUGUGAAAGAACAAAAAUCGUGAAAUAUUAAUCCUGACAAAAAAAUGUUCGAAAAAAUCCAAAAGCUAAAGUUGAAUCCAACGAACUCCGACAUUACCGAAGGUGAAUCUGAUCUAUCCGCAACCUGGCUACGUAGAGAUAGAUCCUAACGAGCUUUGGCAGACAAUAACGAAAAUGAUCAAGGAUGUGUUGACCGACAGCAAUAUCGACCCUACAUCGAUCCGUUCCUUCGGAAUUUCGUCGCAGCGUGCCUCCUUCAUCACGUGGAGCUUAAAGACCGGGUUGCCUUAUCACAGAUUCAUAACGUGGAAAGAUCAACGAGCGGCUGCUUUGGUCGACGAGUGGAAUCAUUCGAUGACGAUGAAGGUCGUGCGUAUGGGUGCACGCCUUUUGUACAUGUUCACGCGGAACAAACGCUUCUUGGCCGGUAGCGUGCUAAAGUUUCUAAAUGGCAUGGUCACCAUGAAGUUAAUAUGGGUUCUUGAAAAUAUACCGGGUCUCCGGCAAGCCGCCGAAAAAGGCGAAGUGGCGUUCGGAGGCGUCGACUCUUGGUUAUUGUACAAACUAACGGGAAAGCACAUAAUGGACGUUUCUUGCGCCUCUGGCACUGGUAUAUUCGAUCCAUUCACGAUGCAAUGGGCCGAUUGGGGGAUAAAUAUCUUGAAAUUGCCGCGCAAAAUCUUCCCAGAAAUAGUAGAUACAAUGGGAUACUUCGGAGUCACGCCCGUAGACUUAUUCGGCGUAGAAAUCCCGAUUUGUUGCUCGGUCGCCGACCAAUCGGGAUCCUUGUUCGGUUCGGGAUGCUUCUAUCCUGGCGACCUCAAAAUCACCAUGGGAACCGGCACCUUCGUGAACGUUAACACAGGAUCGCAGCCGCACGCGUCUGUUAAAGGCCUUUAUCCAGUUGUCGGAUGGCGAAUCAAGAAUGAACUGGUUUAUCUCGUGGAAGGAGCCUCGUAUGACACCGGUAUAUUAGUCGAAUGGGCUAGAGAGAUAGGACUUGUAAGCGAUGUCAAGGAGACUGCUAACAUCGCAAAAGAGGUCGACGACUCCGACGGAAUAUAUUUUAUUCCGGCAUUCAGUGGUCUUCAGGCGCCUAUAAAUAAUUCCAAGGCUGCAGCGGGUUUUAUAGGGAUAAAGCCCACUACAAAGAAGAUGCAUAUCGUUCGAUCGUUGUUAGAGAGUCUUGUUUUCAGAAUAAUGAUGCUGUACGAGUGCCUCUGGGACGAAACUUCCUUCAUAUAUAAAAAAAUAAGGAUCGAUGGCGGAGUCUCCGGGAAUGAUUUUAUUAUGCAAUUGCUGAGCGAUUUAACGGGAUUGGACGUGGAGCGAUCGGAAUCUGUCGAGAUGUCUAUCUUGGGGACAGCUUUUAUGGCUGGCUUGGAAAGCGGACUAUGGCGCAGUAGGGAAGAAAUAAUGAAGCUUUGUCAAAGGAAAGUAGUAUUCAACCCGAACAUGGUAAGACGCGAAUCUUAUAAAAACGCGUUAAAUGAAUGGAAACGAGCGGUUGAUCGUUUCAAAAACUGGUAUUAACAAUUCUGUAGUAAAAGGAACGAUAGUUUGUGUCGAUUAUUAUUACAUCGCUGAUAGAGUCGGCACAGCAAGAUUAAAGAAAUUUUGUAUAUACACGCUAGAAGCUCACGAUAAUGUUAUAACAUUAUAUUAUGUUAUGCAUUAUAUUAUGAGAUUGAAAGUGUAAAAUCCCGCAAACCCACAAAAGAAAACGCGUGUAAAAUAUAAGUUUUAUCAAUUUAUAUAGAAUAUGUAAAAACAUGCCUAUAUGCAGAAAUUAUGUUUAUUAAAAUAUAUUUUUAAAUCUUGUUUUCGCGCGGAAUUUACAGACUCGACCGCGAUCUAACAUUUAACACGGUUGCUGGUGAUCUCCACUAUGAUUUGGCUUCAUUAAUUUCCAUUAAUGUACAUAUAAAGCGUAACUAAUUGCAUCUAAUGGAUUAAAUAUGAGGAAACUGAUUAAACUAGCUGAUUAAACAAGUACGCGAAUCGGAAAAUACAUGUAUUAACCGUAACUUUGUUCUAGAACAAUCAUAUUACAGGCGCGCGCUACGCAUCUUUAUCAUUACAAUGACCUUUAAAAGGUCAUUGAUAAAGAUGCGUAGCGCGCGCCUGUAAUAUGUUCUAAUGUGUUUAAAAAGGUUUCAAUGACUGAAGUCGUAUAAUGACAAUCACGAGAUAUGAUAAAUAUUGCGCAAUGCGAGUCCGCCAGAGUUCUCGCGAAGGCCAAAUCCUAGAGUUUUAUAUUGCUGAGUACGAUUUUCUAAUUUUAUAAGAUUUAUAAUGUAAUGUUUAUACAAUUGUUGAAGCAAAUAUACGCAAUAUUUUAAUAGUC